ACCUCUCGCACGCCUCGCACGUGCCAGAUCGAGCCGACACCUCACCCUUCCCUCACUCCCAAGGCCCCGGUCCCAUCCCCCCCCCCCCCUCUCUCUCUCUCCCUUUCUCUUUCCCUCUUUGCUUACUCUGCUCUUUACCUCGCUCUCUCUCUCUCUCUCUCUCGCAUGGUAAUGGUUGCUCUCGCCAUCGGUUCUCGUUGUAGUUUGUUACUUCAUCUUCUCAAUAAGAUUGUCGGUGGGAUCUAAACAUCUGGUAUUAAUCGUGAUAAUGCAGCCUAAUUUCUCCAUUAGCUCUCAUUCAUCCGCCCCUCUCUCUCUCUCUGGUUCGCUGCUGCUCGCAAAUUUCAAUUUUGCUUGCUGCUUUCGUUGAAGCUUUCUGCGCAUUGAGCCACUUCGUUUGCUGCUGAACCGGCGGUGGGGAGAGCUCCGGCGGCUUGUGUUUUGGUGUGAACAGAUUUUUGUCAUUCAGUUUCUUCAUUUGAUCCAAUCUGGGAGACAAUGGACCACAAGACUUGGCUUUGGAGGAAAAAAUCUACUGAGAAGGAUGCAACUGAGAAAGCAAAGAAAGGAAAUGAAGAAGAGGUAAUUGUGACUGAAAAAGAAGAAAGGGAGGGAGAUUUUAAAGUUUUGAGUGAUAAGCUUUCUUCUGCCCUCUCUGAAUGUAAUGCUAAAGAUGAUCUGGUGAAGAAAAAUGCAAAAAUUGCACAGGAGGCCAUUGCAGGAUGGGAGAAGGCAGAGACAGAAGCAGUUUCCCUAAAGCAAGAAUUGGAUAAAGCUUUACAACAGAGAGUAGCUCUUGAAGAGAGGGCAUCUCAUUUAGAUGCAGCCUUGAAGGAAUGUAUGCAGCAGCUACGUUUUGUUCGAGAAGAGCAGGAGCAAAGGAUUCAUGAUGCUGUGACAAGGACAUCAACAGAAUUUCAAAAAACCCAGAUGGUUUUGGAGGAGAAGUUAGAUGAAGGCAGGAAGAGAAUUUCCAAAUUAGGCAUUGAGAAUACCCAUCUUAGUAAAGCUCUUGCGGAAAAGGAAAAGUUAAUUGAAGAUUUGAAUGUAUGUAGGACUCAGGCAGAAACUGAUUUCAAUGCAUUGAUGACUAGACUGGGUUCCACAGAGAAAGGCAAUACUUCUUUGAAAUAUGAGGUUCGAGUGCUUGAGAAGGAGCUUGAGAUUCGAAAUGAGGAGAGAGAAUUCAAUCGUCGAACAGCUGAUGCAUCACACAAGCAACACUUGGAGAGUAUGAAGAAAAUUGCAAAAUUAGAAUCAGAAUGUCAGAGGCUACGUCUCCUUGUUCGAAAGCGGUUGCCAGGGCCUGCUGCUUUGGCAAAAAUGAGGAAUGAAGUUGAAUUGCUGGGAAAGGAUCCCUCUGAAAUAAGAAGAAGAAAGUUGAGUUCUAGCCCACUUGGUUUCACCGUGGACUUUGUGGAGGACAACUCUCCUGAUACUCCCAGCAAAAGCAUCAACUUUAUGACUGAGCAGUUAUGUACCAUGGAAGAAGAGAACAAGACUCUCAAAGAAAACUUUAAUAAGAAAACAAAUGAACUUCAAUUCUUAAGAAGCAUGUUUGCUCGUACAGCUUCAAAGCUCUCACAAGUUGAGGCAAAGCUUGAAGAAUCAUCAAAAGGCCAAACAAUCAUGGAGCCCAAUAGGUCCAGUCUAAUAUCGCAAGAACUCUCUGUGUCAUCAGUGUCUGAUAUUGGCAGUGAUGAUAAGGUUAGCUGUGCUGAAUCUUGGGCUUCUGCUCUGAUUUCUGAAUUGGAGCACUUCAAAAAUGGCAAACAGAAGGGGCCAUCAUCAUGUAAAACAGUCGGUGUUUCGGAAAUUAAUCUGAUGGACGACUUUGUUGAGAUGGAAAAGUUGGCUAUAGUUUCUGUAGAUGAGACGUCUGGAAGUUCUGAGAUUUCUUCUGAUAAAAAUAAUGCAAUUGUUGGCCCCUUGGAAGGAGAGUUUGAUGGGAAUUCAUCAAGAGGAGUGGGAAGGGAGAUAGUUCCAGUAUCUGACUGCACAUCUCUCAGUGUCUCAGAGCCAGAAACCCAGUCCAAAGAUUUGGAAAUCAGCAAGGUUCCUGGUUGGCUUCAGGAUGUUCUGAAAGUGGUCUUAGAGCAAUUCCAUCUCACACAAAGAAACCCUGAUGAAAUACUUGAAGAUAUUCGAGUUGCUUUGGCACAUGUUAAUCAUUCAAGCCCCAGAAGAUUAAUUGAUGCUAUAGAAAUCUUGAACCAUCCCCAUGGAUCAAAUUCCCUACAUGGGGAUGGCAUCUUCAAGGGGAAACCUCCAGUUAUGGAUUCAUCCUAUAGAGAAACAGAUGUUGACAUCUCCCCAAUAGAGGACAGCAAGCAGUUCCAGCCAAAUCUAAAUAAAUCAAUAAGUAAAAUGAUUGAGCUUAUUGAAGGGAUCAGUUUACCUUCUCUGGAAUAUAAUCAGGACAUCAUGCCAGGGAAGGAUAGUAGCUUUUUACCGUAUAAGAUUUCAGAAACAUCUUCAGGCUACAUGGUUCGUGUCUUCCAGUGGAAAACUUCUGAACUUGGUGUCGUUUUACAGGAGUUUGUUCGUACUUGUUAUAAUUUAUUGAAUGGAAAGCUUAAUCUUGAAAAUUUUGCCCAUGAAUUAACUUCUGCUUUGGAAUGGAUUGUGAACCACUGUUUUUCUCUUCAAGAUGUUUCAAGCAUGAGGGAUGCAAUCAAGAAGCAGUUUGAUUGGGAAAGUGAAAGUGAAGUGGAAAGUGGAAUGAUCAGUCAAUUUUCAGAAGCAGAGAGAUUACGUGUUUCUAAAGAACAGUCAUGUUUUCCCCAAAGUGCUGCUUUGAAUGGGCAUAAUAUCUUGUUCGAAAUGGAAGAUCUUCAGUUUGACAUGAAAGAAGAUAUUAUGAAAUUAAAAGAUCAGUUGAUGAAUAUGGAGUUGACCAAAAAGGAUUUGGAAGAGAGGUUACGUGCAGCAACUGAUCAGAGUGAAUCUUCAAUGUUUAAACUGCAGGAAUCUGGAAAAAAAACUGCAAGCUUGCAAACAGAGUUAGAAAAUUUAAAAGAAUCGAAGGGAAUGAUUGAGCAUCAGGUUGAAAAUCACAGGUCAAUGAAUGAAGAUCUUGAUAGACAACUCUCAGUUGCCAGAGCUGAACUAAAUGAGGCUCGCCAAAAGCUUUCUUCUCUUGAAGUAGGACUAAAGAACAAAAAUAACAGUUGUGAAGAAUUGGAGGCCACGUGUCUUGAACUACAGCUCCAGCUAGAAAGUUUGAUGAAGAAGGAUAUUCCGAAGAAUGACAUGGGUAAAGAAGAGAAGUCACUCCGAACGGAUUGGGAGAUCACAGCAGCAUCAGAAAAGCUGGCAGAAUGCCAAGAAACAAUCCUCAACCUAGGGAAGCAGUUGAAGGCCUUGGCAUCACCAAGGGAAGCCGCCCUUUUUGAUAAGGUCAUCUCGACCCCUGCAGAUACAAAUAUCACAACCCCAACGACCACCACCCCCAAGAAUAAGAACACGAACCAGCGGUCCUCUCUACUGGAUCAAAUGUUGGCAGAGGAUGAUGCUGCAGUGAUGGAUCUCAGUUCCCCCAAGACUAAAGAAAUCAUUUGCACGUCGAACCCUCAGAAGUCGACAGCCCUUCAAGAUGGCGAUUUUAAAUCCGCUUUUGCUCCCAAUGGGCUGAAAGAGCUUCCAGAAAUGCUUCCCAUUGUAAAUGGUAUUAAACACAAGGGUGAUGAAGCUGCUGUCGGCUCUCUGGCCAUUGUGCCAAGCAAAAAGCAAGGAGGUGGAGGUUUGUUGAGAAAGCUAUUGUGGAGGAGAAAGAAAGGUAACAGCAAGAAAAUGGCCCUUCCCCUUCCUGCCUAAAAGUAGUGAGUAAUAUACAGGUUGGUGCCAGUCCAUUGGUCGCACCCUAGGAGUGGGAACUAAAGAGGUUUAGCUUCCAUUGGUUGUUUGAAAGAGAGAGAGAGAGAGAGAGUGAUUUGCAUGGUAUUGUUUGUAUUAAUGCUGUAUAUAACUGACGGAAAACCAAAAAAAUGAAAAAACAUAUACCAAGUACUGAAAAAUGAAAGUGAGCUCACCCA